AUGCCCCGGUUUCUCCAGCCCAAGAAAUCGACUGAACAUCGUAUAGCAGCGAUCGCUCUAUACAGAGCACUGCUUUCAGGAUGCUCUUCCGCGGCCCUCCCAGAUGACGAUCGCACGUUGCUGCGCAAUGCAAUCCAGAACAAAUUUCGCCAGAAUAGGAAGAUACAAAGCCCAUAUCAGCUGGGUUUGAGCUUCAAGCUUGGCUAUGAGACUGUGGACAAGCUCGAUGCAUCCACCACCAACAACGCUGCCGGCAUGAGCACUCUGUCGCGACUCAUUGCGACCUUACCACGCGGUUUGACCAAUGCCCCACCCACUCGGCGUCCCUUACCAUCACCCCCAACGCCGCACCCAUCUGGCAAACACCCUCUUGACGUCCUCCCACAAGAGCGCGCUGUCUUGAAGAACCGCCCAUAUACGCAAGUGACCGGGCAACGACAGGUCCCGCGUAUCGCUUCGGCAAACGGCAUACCGUUCCUGCGCCUCUCAAAACCGCAGCCCGCCGCGCUAUCGCGCGUGCUGCGACAAAAGCUCGAUCGUCGCAUCGAGCGCUUCCACAGGAGAGUCGAACUGCAAAACUACUGGCUUCCACUAGCGAAACAGGAAGACGAAUGGGACGAGCUCGUGUUGCCGCAGCUCAGGAGGCGGGAGGACGAGAUCAGGUGGGCAGAUGCGAUGCAUGAGGCAGAAAGGCAGAACGGGGUUAUCUAUGAAGCUGAGUUGGUGAAGGAUGCGGCGCUCAUACGGAAGAUGCAGAGCAUUGUAGAUGCAGAGACGGAGUUUGUGUUGAACGAGGGACGGGAGGUCAUCAGAGGGCGAAAGAAGGCGCCUAUACGAGUCAUCAAGCCAUGA